AUGGCUAAGCGCACUGCAUCCAACAAUGAUCAAUGCGCCCCAAAGUGGUCUAGAAUGACCAAAGGAACUUAUCUGGUGACACCAUCACCCAAGGCGGAUGAAGGCGCCUGGCGCAUUCUAGAAAAUUUCCUUCUCACUGAUGCCACAUAUCCUCAGACAGAAGAGGUGUUCAAAUCCUACUUGGGUGAUCAGUACUCAGCGGAGGACUGGAAGGACACCCUAGCCGCGUUGUUCUCUGGUGAUGGCAAUGACACGAUUGCGCUAGCAAAUCUUCGCACCCUGAAGGCCAUUUACAUACCCCAGGCCUCCACUAUACCAUUUAAUCAACAAGUGUAUCCCUAUAUCAAUGAUACAGCAGAAGUUGACAACAACAAUGACGAUCUCCUCGAGGAGGAGGAGGGGGAGGAGGGGGAACAUAGGCUAUCUAAUCGCUUCAUUGAUGACCAAGCAAGGGAAUCCGACGAUGAGGACGAUGAGGUGGAGGAUAGAAAUGGCCCCUCCAUGAAAAUGUCUGAUGUUGUGUCCUUGCCAGGCUCAUCUGCCAAGAAUAGGUUGACCACUGCGAUUGAUGAUAUUGUGGGCAGGUACCAAAAGAAACCGAGCGAUUUUUCAAGGGGACGCCUUCCUUACAAAGUCGCCUGGUUCCCCACCACAAUUGAGAACAGGAUGUAUCUUCUUCUAGUUCAUACAUGUCACUAA